AUGAGGGAACCUUUGAGAUUUAAUGCUGCAAGUGAUGUAAAGCAUAACUAUCGUACUGACUAUAACAUUCAAGUUACCAUUACUGAAGCCCUGUGCAGGAUGACAACCAAAAAGUUAAGAGAGAAUUUUGCUCAAAAGUGGUUUGAAGAUCGUUUCUUUGGUGAAGCCUUCAAAGAAAUCAAUGAUAAGGAUUUUGAAACGGACUGUCGUAAAUUUUUGAACUCUGUUAAUUCGAGGUUAGAAGAAACCAAAAGGGUCCACACGUUUCCAUGCAUUAGCGUAUCAACAGAUAUGGGUGAGCUGACAAAACCUCAGGAUGAUAAACUUGAACACUUCUGGAUUGAUUUCAAUGUUGGAAGCGAGAGUAUCUCAUUCUACAUACACCAAAAUAAGGAUUAUCUUUGGGAAUCGGUCAGACUUCAAAAGGAAUCUCUAAGUGGUUACAGCUUAGAAGAAUGCAGUGGGCAGAAACUCUUAAGUAUUCACCUUCAGAUCCCUCACUGUAUCGAUAACAAGGAGAUCAAAUGCAUCAUGAUAAAAUUUGAACUUGAGCAUGACAUUCAAAAUGCUGCUAUUAAAACUUAUGGAGAGGAUCUUCAAAUGAAAGUGCAUAUUGCAUCACCUCAGCAAACUGACAAAUUACAAGCUGGUUUGACAGAUUGUCAAAAAGUAGUCUGCAUUGAGGAACAAGAGUCUGCCGCAGUCGUCAGUGAUAGCACUAGGGUUCUGGAGUUCAUUGAAGAGAAUAAACCUUCGGAGGUUUCGAGCAAGAAUUCAAUAUUAACUACUAGUGAAACGAGAAGGCAUCACCUGAAGCAGCAGCCAGCAGAAAAGUAA